UUUUAUAAGGACGAGCGUCCGAGUGCUUUCAACAGGGGCUUUAGAAGGGUGUUUAACGACAUUUAUGUGAUCUAAAGACCUUUCAAUUCGUUUAAAAGGGUUUCCAAGAGUGUACGAGUGAUUCUAUAAGUUAUUUCAGUGUUUGGGUAUAUAUAUUAAAUCUUCAAAAUUCAAAACUUUCUAUUUUGAAGCAAGGUUGUGUGAGCAUUCUUUCGGCUUUUGAUCUGUUUUCUAGUGUAUUUUGUUAAGUGAUUCUAAGUGACUUACAGAGGAAGAUAUAUACUUACAAGAAGGAAGAUUUGGAGAAUUGGCUUACUUUGGCAUCUUGGGAUAAUGCUCGAGGUCUCUUGGCAGAUAUUGAAGUUGGAGAGACUACAGAAGAGCUGAGAAAAUCAUUGGAACCCUCCAGUUGCCCAUGGCUGUUCUGAUUAUGGGGAAAAAGCAGCCGUCACGCUGGGGAGUAUAAUGAUGCAUGCUGCUGUGGAUGGGGAUUUUGAAGCAGAUGAAUCGCAGUAUUUACUGUCUGAUACAGACACAGACACUCGUACAUUCCAAAUGACAGGAACACAACGGUUGUGCUGUCUUUCUUUCUGCAUACGAAACUUUUUUGCACGGUUAUGUGAGAGCAUGGUGAGCUGCUGCAUGCGUCGUCGUCAGCUCGCAGCGAGAUCUGUACGGAUUGGGCACCCAACAUCAGAGAAGUUUCCUCCAAAUGUCAUUCGUAAUCAGAAGUUUAAUUUCUUCUCCUUUAUCCCUCUGGUUCUCUUUGAGCAGUUCAAGCUAUUCUUGAAUUUGUAUUUCCUUGUGAUGGCCACAUCUCAGUUCAUUCCAGAACUUCGUAUUGGAUAUUUGUAUACGUAUUGGGGGCCAUUGGGCUUUGUCAUACUGGUGACAAUGACUCGUGAAGCAGUUGACGAUGUUCGUAGACGACAGAGGGACAAAGAAGUAAAUCAGCAAAAAUACAAGCGCAUGACCCCUCACGGAGGGCAGAGAACAGUCACCAGUGCAAAUAUCAAAGUUGGCGAUUUGAUAUUUGUUGAGAAAGACCAGCGUGUGCCAGCUGAUAUGGUGUUCUUACGGACAACUGAAACUAGCGGCACCUGUUUCAUCCGCACGGACCAGCUGGAUGGGGAAACUGACUGGAAGUUGCGGCUCGCUGUCCCCGUAACACAGAAACUGGACACAAAUGAAGAACUUUUUCAAAUGGAUGCGACUGUAUAUGCUGAAAAGCCCCAAAAAGAUAUUUAUAACUUCAUUGGUACAUUCACAAAGCAUGAUACAGAUACGGAAGAGGCACUGACCGUGGAGAACACAGUUUGGGCAGGAACAGUCGUGGCCUCCGGAACACUACUAGGAUUGGUGGUAUACACAGGAGCCGAGACCCGCUCCGUCAUGAACAACGCUGCACCCAGAUCAAAAAUUGGUCUGCUUGAUCUGGAAAUCAAUAAUCUCACGAAGCUUUUGUUUGUGGCAGUUUUGGCCUUGACUGUAGUGAUGAUGUGUCUAAAGGGCUUUGGAGGUCCCUGGUAUCGUUAUUUCUUCCGCUUCAUGCUUCUCUUCUCGUACAUCAUACCAAUCAGUUUGAGGGUGAACUUAGACGUAGGAAAAGCCUUCUAUUCCUGGGUGAUCCAACGUGACCAAGAUAUGCAAGGAACUGUGGUACGCUCUACAACUAUUCCCGAAGAGCUUGGUCGUCUCACAUACUUACUCACGGACAAGACAGGUACUCUCACUCAGAAUGAGAUGGUGUUUAAAAUUCUUCAUCUUGGAACUGUGGCAUAUGGGACGGACACAUUUGAUGAGGUCUCAUCUCAUGUGAAAACCUUCUUCUGCAAAGACAUGAGUGGCACAGGAACAUCUUCCACACCUACACGCUUGAGAAAAACUGUUGUGACUCGUGUAGGGGAGGCCGUAAAGGCUCUUGCACUCUGCCAUAACGUGACUCCAGUAUACGAGGAAGGUGCAAACUUAGCCAUUGAGGAAACUGAAGACAUUCAGACGAUAAACAGUGUCGUGUAUCAGGCAGCCAGCCCUGAUGAGGUCUCUCUUGUGCGGUGGACCGAGAUUGUAGGCCUCCCCUUGGUACACCGAGACCUCACAACCUUGACCCUACGGACGCCAGCUGGUAAACACCUCGCCUACACUGUCCUCCAGAUCUUCCCUUUCACCUCGGAAUCUAAAAGAAUGGGCAUCAUUGUGAAGGAGGAAUCAACAGGUGAAAUAGUUCUUUACAUGAAAGGAGCAGAUACAGUGAUGGCCUCCAUGGUAGAGUAUAAUGACUGGCUGGAAGAGGAGUGUAUCAACUUGGCUCAGAAGGGCCUUCGUACCCUUGUGGUGGCUCGUAAAAUCCUCACCGCAGAACAGUAUAUGCAUUUUGAGCAACGAUAUUCAGCAGCCAAGUUGAGUGUGACGGAGAGAGGUAGCCGAGUAGCUGCAGUUGUGGAGAGUCUGGAGUGUGACUUGGAGCUGUUGUGUCUUACGGGAGUUGAAGACAAAUUGCAGACCAAUGUCAAGCAAACACUUGAGCUGCUAAGAAAUGCUGGAAUUAAGAUCUGGAUGUUAACAGGAGAUAAACUAGAGACUGCCACCUGCAUAGCAAAGAGUUCUCGCCUUGUGUCACCUAAUCAAGGCCUCCAUGUCAUGGGCAGCGUGUUGACAAGAAGAGAAGCUCAUUUGGAACUUAACGCUCUCAGAAGGAAAAGUGACUCUGCACUCAUUAUUAAGGGUGAUGCACUGGAGACCUGCCUCCAGUAUUAUGAACACGAGUUGAUGGAUCUUGCCGUGCAGUGUCCGGCGGUUGUUGUAUGCAGAUGUUCACCAACACAGAAAGCCGCCGUUGUCCGCCUCAUACAGCGACACACGGGGAAGCGGACAGCAGCCGUGGGAGAUGGUGGCAACGAUGUCUCCAUGAUUCAGGCUGCAGAUGCUGGUAUUGGUAUAGUUGGCAAGGAAGGAAAACAGGCCUCGUUAGCAGCAGACUUCAGUGUUGAACAAUUCCAACACAUAGCAAGGCUUUGUUUAGUCCAUGGCCGUAACUCCUACAAGCGUUCAGCGGCUCUCUCCCAAUUUGUUAUGCACCGCGGCCUCAUCAUAUCCACCAUUCAAGCGAUAUUUUCAUCAAUUUUCUACUUUUCCAGUGUUGCUCUUUAUCAAGGGUUCCUCAUGGUUGGGUAUGCUACUUUCUACACCAACUUCCCUGUGUUCUCUCUCGUCCUGGACACUGAUGUCUCUCCAAGCAUAGCUCUCACCUACCCAGAGCUGUACAAGGAUCUUACCAAAGGAAGAUCUUUGUCUUAUAAAACCUUCUUUGUUUGGGUGCUAAUUAGUAUUUAUCAAGGUGGUGUGCUUAUGUAUGGUGCAAUGCUGCUGUUUGAGGAGGAGUUGAUACACGUCGUGAGUAUCAGCUUUACGUCGCUGAUUCUGACGGAGCUGCUGAUGGUGGGUCUCACCGUGCGCACUUGGCACCCCCUCAUGAUUGUCGCACAGUUCCUGUCCUUUGGCUUUUACCUUCUGUCGAUCAUCUUCAUGCAUUAUUUUGAUUGGGAUUUCAUUAAAUCCAAAGAUUUCUUCUGGAAAGUUGUAGUCAUCACAUUAGUCUCCUGCCUGCCUCUCUACAUCUUAAAAUUCCUGCGGCGGAAAUUCACUCCCCCUACGUACUCCAAGCUAGAAGAACUCAAUACUUUUGGCAGUACAAGCAUGACACAGCCGCAACCAUGAGGGUGCACGUGAGAAGUUUGUGUGUACAUCUAUUCCUUUAUUAAAAGGUUUCUGACACAGAAGUAGUCAGUUUCCAUCAUAGGAAAUGUCCACAAAUGAACAGUGUUCAUCUGUUCAUGUGUGAAGCUGUCAAAAAUAUUUUCAUUCCAGUGAAUUUGCUAGAUAAGCUCUUGGACUCUUGAUAAAUUGAAGUUUCAUGGCAGCAGUGUUAUAAACCAUGAGUCUUGUUAACCUCUGGUUCAAGAGCAAGUCUAGUUCAAUUGGAUGAAUUGAGAUAUCCUUUGAAGGUAUCUCAUCUUGUGAUAUUGAAUUUGAGGUGAAUGUUGAACAUUCAAGCACUUAAUGUAUGAAAGGAUGUGUGUUGAAACUUUAAAAGUUUUCCCAACUGUUUGGGGGUACUGCUGCAAACAGUUUUGUAACCGAAGCAAUAUUUUAGCAUUUUCUGUAAGGAAAGUGUAGAACUCCUGAAUUUUGCAUUCUCUCAUAUAGUAAGCCCAAUCAAACGGAUCAGGAUUAUACCAAGUUCAAUUUCUAAAGGAAACUUGCUUACAUAAUUGUGAAUAUUUCUGCUAUAUCUUCACUAAAUUCUUCUAAAUGUUAGAUUUUACACUACUAGAUUUUUUAUCCUAAAUAUUUACUUCUACAUAUGUUAGCGAUAAGCAAGGAAAUUCUGUAUUUCUGAGGUGAACCCCUUUGGCUCCCUGAAGCUAAUGGACUGAUAUCUGCUAUAUAAGUCAGAGCAUCAGUUAAUUGGCAUUCCAGUUAAAUGAUGCUCUGACUUCUAUAGCAAAUAUCAGUCCAUUAGCUUCAGGGAAUCAAUGGGGCUCAAUAAGUGGCGUUUCAUUACAUUCAACGCUAGUUUUUUGCACUUUGGGAAAUUCAAACCUCUUCACAUUUUAGAUAUUGUGUAAGGGCUUUAAUGGGGUUUUGAAGAUUCUGGCUUCUAGAAAUAGAUAAAUAUGAAGUGCAAAAAUUACAAACUAUGCAACAGUGGGAUGGAAGUUAGCUAACUGCACGUCAUUUAAAAAAAGACUGUAUGUGUACUACUGCUCUUGUCAGUAAUAGACUGUCAAAUAAACAAAUGAAUGUGUAUAUUUCUUAAGGUAGUGAAAAUAUUCGGUAAAAAAAUGCAAUUAAUUUGAAUAACCAGUAAUGUAUGAACCCAAAAACCCACCUGACCUUUUGAGGCCAAUACAUAGAAAAUAUAUAUA